GUUUCCAGCAGCCGGUUGGGACGCGGGGGCUGAGGUGCACAGCGGGGCGCAAUGGCUGCGUGGGGACAGAGGCUGGCCGGGGUGCGCGGGGUGCUGCUCGACAUCUCGGGCGUGCUGUUCGACGGCGCCGAGGGCAGCGGCGUGCCGAUCGCCGGCUCCGUGGAGGCGGUGGCGAGACUGAAGCGGUCCCGGCUGAAGGUGAGGUUCUGCACCAACGAGUCGCAGAAGUCCCUGGGAGACCUCGUGAGGCUGCUUCAGCAGCUGGGCUUCGACAUCUCCGAAGGGGAGGUGACUGCUCCGGCCCCGGCCACCUGCCUGAUCCUGAAGGAGCGAGGUCUGCGGCCAUACCUGCUCAUCCAUGAUGGAAUCCGCUCAGAAUUUGAUCAGAUCGACACGUCCAACCCCAACUGUGUGGUCAUUGCAGACGCAGGAGAAAGCUUUUCUUAUCAGAACAUGAAUAAGGCCUUCCAGGUGCUUAUGGAGCUGGAGAAUCCCGUGCUCAUAUCUCUGGGGAAAGGACGCUACUACAAGGAGACUUCUGGACUGAUGCUGGACGUUGGUGCCUACGUGAAGGCGCUCGAGUAUGCCUGUGGCAUUGAAGCCGAAGUGGUGGGGAAACCUUCUCCUGAGUAUUUCAAGUCUGCCCUGCAAGAGAUGGGGUUGGAAGCCCACCAGGCCGUCAUGAUUGGGGACGAUAUCGUGGGUGACGUGGGCGGUGCCCAGCAGUGUGGAAUGAGAGCGCUGCAGGUGCGGACCGGCAAGUUCAGGCCCAGUGACGAGCACCAUCCAGAAGUGAAGGCUGACGGGUACGUGGACAACCUCGCGGAGGCCGUGGAUUUGCUGCUGCAGCAUGCGGACAAGUGAUGGGCCCUCUGAGACGGCCCCCAGCAUCCUGCCACCCCUCCCCCAGUGCCUGGACCACCCAAGGCCCUCCCCUGUGCCCUUUAUCCUGAACAGGCAGGGAAGAGGGCGCCAGCCAGGCAGCUCUGGGCUGCCCUGCCUCUGGGCCCGUGCCAGCCAGCCCCUUCCUCUGUCUCCCCUGCCCACUCCGUACCCUGUCCGCCCUCCCCAGUCAUGCCCCCCAACCUCCUGAGCUGAGGUCAUCCCCACCUGCUGGCCUGAACCCCUGCCUGCACCCCAGGGAAGUCACGAGUGGGGACAGACCUGGGGCCUCCAGAGAAGGAAACCCUCGGGCCUGGGCUGGGGGUGCUCUGGGACUGUCCCGAAGCCCGGGUCCCGUCACUCUCCCUUUGCACCUGGUCCUUUAACUGCUCCACCUGAUUGGACUCAGAGGCACUGCCCACUGCCUCCGUAUCAGACAUUCCGUGCACUUGAGGGAGGAGCCUGGAGGGGCCUCCCGUGCACAGUCCAUGCAGCCUGGAGCUGAGCCAGCCUCCCUGGGACUGCCCAGCAGCCCCUGCCCACCCUCCACCCGCCACCCUUCCUGUCCCCGCAAGUCACCCCUGGAGCCAAAAGCCAGGCCAGCUCCCAGGCACUCUAAAGACACCCUCCCACAGAGCACAAGUAUGACCCUCUGGAGUCGAGGUUGCAGGCACGGAGGGUGCUUCUGGAGCCCCAGCUCAGACUUGAGUGUGUCCUGCCCGGCACAGGCAGGAGGAGACUAAUUAAAUAAGCUCUGCCCUGACCCACA